CACAACAAGAUGAUCGCUGUGUUCUGCAUAGCCCUUAAUGUCAUACUGGUUUCAGGUUCCUCUCUCAGUGACCAGGUCUACCAGACUCCACCUGAUAUGUACAACAAGCAAGAAGAAACAGCCACAAUCAAAUGCUCACACAGUAUUGACAGCUAUAAUCGAAUCCUCUGGUACAAGCAAACGAAGGACGGUCAACUAAAGCUCCUGGGAUACAUGUUAGACACUUUAGGACAGCCAGAGACUGGACUGGGUGUGAAGAUGGAAGGAAGUGCAGCUAAAGACCAGACCUGCACAUUAACAAUUGAAAGACUCAAUCUGAGCAGCAGUGCAGUGUACUUCUGUGCUGCUAGUCUACACAGUGCUUCAUAUCACUGCUCCUCAGUACAAAAACCUCCUCAUCUCAGUAUAACAGCUCACAGCCCCUCACACCUGCGUUUCUUCUUCAGUUCCUCUCUCAGUGACAAGGUUUACAUGAGUCCAGCUGACAUAAUCAAACAACCUGAAGAAACUGCCACAAUCAAAUGCUCACACAGUAUUGACAGCUAUAAUCAAAUCCUAUGGUACAAGCAAACGAAGAACGGUCAACUACAGCUCCUGGGAUACAUGUAUAAUGAAAAUAAAAACCCAGAGCCUUCUAUUGUAGAUGUGAAGAUGGAUGGGAAUGCAGCUAAAGACCAGACCUGCACAUUAACAGUUGAAGGACUGAACCAGAACAGCAGUGGCAGACAAGAUGGUUAUAAUGGGAAGACGAUGAGGAAGUAUUAG